CGGCAUUAGAAAAACAGUAUAAAAAUGCAAAAGCAGAGCCACUCUCUAAUCUUGUAAAGAGUAGAGUAGCGAGUGAUGUCGCAAGCAGUUCAUCCCAUAUCUAACAAUUUCCCAGGUUAUGGGUCAUCUGAAGGAAGGUGUCUCCCGUGCUUGGGUAUUUCUGGAAGAGCGGUGGCUCUGUCUUCCUGCUCUUCUCGUGGUGAUCUGAGAAUUCGUUCACAGGUAAAGAUUGGAGCAGUUAAAUGUGAUGCCAAAGGAACAUCAUUUGUGUGCAAGGCUGGUUCUGGGAGUUAUAGGAGAAAUCCUGACAUGAGACAAAACAGAAAUGGAUUCCGAGGCAGGAACAGGCAAAACGAAGAGAGGGAUAGUUUUGAUGAUGAAUCUGAACUGUUAUCUUCAAAAAAUGGGCCAUUACUCUCCCUCUCCAGUUCCCCAAAAUUUCAAGCAACGUCAGCCCCAGGACCAAGAGAGAAGGAGAUUGUUGAACUAUUCAGAAAGGUCCAGUCUCAGCUUCGAGAAAGAGCAGCAGCUAAAGAAGACAACAAGAUUGAAGUGACACAGGGACAACGUAAAGAGAGUGAAACAGUAGAUUCUCUCCUCAAGUUGUUGAGGAAACACUCAAUUGAGCAAGGUAAGAGGAAAAGCAGCAGUGGCAGCAGCAAAAACGAGACUGAACAGAAUGCUGUUUAUGAUGAGGAUAAAAGCACAAGCUUCUUUGAUUCAAGUAGUAGAGUUGGGGCUGAGGCCCGAGAACCUAAGGAACCUAAUGCCUCUUCUUUAACAAGACCAGCAUCAAAUUUCAGACGUAGGUCUCCGGUUAAUCAAUUCAAAUACCAGCCCAUUUAUCCCAGUGAGGAAACUAUGAAUUCUGUCUCACAAUUAAAUCCUAGUGGGAAGAGGAAGAAGAGUUCAGUUGAGAUAAGCACGGACUCCAGAUAUCAGCCUGAACCAGAACUUCAGCUGGGGUCAGAGCCUGAGCAUGAUGCCAGCUUUGUGGAUGGGGAUGUCUAUGAUGAGGUAUCUGACAGUGAACCAAAUAUUCUAGUUGGCAAUGUGUAUGAUGAGGUAUCAGACAAUGAGUCCGAUGUUGUAGAAGGCAGUGUAUACGAGGCAUCAGAGGGCGAGUCUUCAGAUAUUGAUAAUGCUGAUAAUGAUGAAGAUGGAGGAAAAGAGGAGGAUAUUGAACAUCCAGAUUUUACUGCUUUGAAGCUCCCUGAACUAAGGGCAAUUGCCAAGUCUCGAGGAGUGAAAGGGUUUUCAAAGAUGAAGAAAGGCGAGUUGGUGGAGUUGUUAAGUGGUAGCUCAGUCUGAUUACUGAUCAGGGUUUAAAAAUAAAAAAAUAAAAAAAGCAAAAAGGCAAGAGGCCGUUUACAAUUUUGAGACUAGUUGUGACAUUCUCUUUUUUGUUAUCUUAUAUUUGCUUCUGUUGUCUUCAGUUGAUUGCAUUUGCUUCUAUGUAAUGUUUUAGGCCCUUCGACAUCUUUUGAGACUUAGUAGCUGUGAAUCAACAGAGAUAGUUAUUUAAGCUAGGCUCAGCAAUUUUUUU